AUGGGUGUUUGUGUGGCUUAUUGCAUGUUUGAGUAUUUAAGGAACAUUAGAGCGGUGCAGAGCUUAUUUAGCCUAAAAGCGCAAAUAAUCGACAAAGAAACGAUGCAGCAAAGUGUUAAAGCGAAGAAGCGAGUCAAGAAAUCUUUUUUAAAUGACGACCCCAAAUAUAUCUUUUUUCGAUAUGGUGUGAUGGCCUUAUUAAGGACAGUUUCUACCGACGGGGAAGUAGAAAUUACAAAAAUUUACUUCCGGCUUCCAAGAAUAGUUGGGGGUGCGAUAUGCUCGUACUCGUUAUUUUCCGUGGAGAAUAACGAGCAUUUGUUUGGAAUUUUGAACGAGGCUGUGAGGUAUCUGCAACUGGAUAUUUUGGAAUUGUACGUGGAAUACGAGGUUGCGGUUCGUAACAAGAUUUUAUUGGACCAGUUGGUUUUAGGUAAUUCCAGCAGGUCUGAGAGAGAUAGCGAUAAAGAGGAAGAAGAGGAUUUCUAUGACAGCAACGAAGAGGAUGUCGGGAAGACUUGGGAGAAGAUUCACAAUAUUAGUCGCAACUUCCUGAGCAUAAGAGAUGGUCUCCAUAAUCGUGAUGCCGUCCAAACUUGUGCGACUUCUUAUUCAGUCGGCGUGGGAAGGGAGCACAAGAGUCAUCGGACUACCAACUCCACAAUAGUGUUGGUUUGUAGGCACAACACUAUCUACAAAUGGUGGUUGCGCGCUACACUUCUACAAAUGACUCAGACGUGGACGUUGACAAAAUAUAGUGGUCCGUACACGUGCAAUCAACUGUCACCUGAUACAAACCAUCGAAAUUUUGGGUCUGGUCCGAUCACAAACUAUAUUAAGGGUCAAGUAAUGCUUCAGCGUGAUAUACGGAUCGAUACCCUCCGAGCUGGAAUUUGGCAAACAUAUGGAGUUAGGCCUCCGUAUAAAAGAACUUGGAAUGCAAAAGAAAAGGCAAUAACUGAUGUUUAUGGGGGCUGGUAUGAUUCAUUUUCUAUGGUUCAUAAGUUCAUGAACGAGAUGGUGCAUGUCAACCCUGGUUCAUUCUGGCAUGUAGAAGGCGCUGAGGUGUACGCUGACGGGAUCCUCCAGCCGAAAGUUGUAACGUUCAUCAGAAUGUUCUGGACUUUCAAACCGACAAUUGAGGGAUUUCGGUUCUGCAAGCCUGUUUUGUUCGUCGACGGUACUCAUUUGUAUGGCAAAUACAAAAUGACCUUGUUGAUCGCGUCGGCAAUCGAUGGGAACAGUCACAUAAUGCCACUGGCAUUUGCACUUGUUGAAUCUGAAAUUUUGAAGCGUCCUAAAUGGGCCGGUGUCGCUCACAAGUUCUUCAUCAGACAUUUCUGUAGUAAUUUUCAGACCAAGUUUAGGAACAAGGUUUUGAAAAAGCUGGCGGAAAAAGCAGGCCGAGAAUAUCAGAAGAAGAAGUACACUCGCUACGUGGACAUCAUCAAGAUUAGAAGCCCAUAA